CAGAAAUGUCGAGCCGACAUGCGCACUGAGAGCGCGACACUUAGAAUUUUUCCGGCUUCGAUCUGACCCGUUCAUUACAGAAAAUGUAUGGCGACAAAAUUUAAUUUUUGUCGCAAAAUAAAAGCAUUUAGUAUUGACGAGCUACUUUCGAUCAAGUUAAGAUGAUACAUUUCCGAACAUGUUUUCGAAGUCGGUUUGGACAUGAAACCUUUGAAUUCCAGUUCGGUUUUGAGAAAUUUGUAAAGCCAUAUUUUACGACGCCAUAUUGUAAGGUUCUGAGUGAAAGGUCGCAUGCGGCCCUGAAGUCUGCGUUCAUUUUGUACGGGCACAUGAGUGCUACAUACUUUACUUUCUAUCCGUUCGAAGACUUCUAAUGUCAGGCCGUUUCUGUGCAAAAGAUAGCGUAUAUCCGUCCCGAAAUGGGUUCGGUUUUGAACAUCCAUUUCAUGUGAUUGCAGACUUCCAGGUAAGAGUGACAUUGAAGCCACAACGGGAUGUUUUGCGCGAGAAAAAUCAAUCCUUUCCGUAAAAAUAUGCCCACCAUAUUAUAGUAAAAUGUCCUAGGCGUUCCAAAAAAGCUUUGGUAAUCUGGGGAGGCUUGGAACUAGAUUUCCCAUCAGCCUUGUGAGCUUUACGCGGUCUUUUUCGAAAAAAAACGCGCAAUAUUUAUAUGCCAAAAUUACAUUGUUGACUAUAGAUAAGUACGAUUUUCGAUAUGUCCUCUUUAUACAGUGAAAAGGAAAUAAUUGUUCUCGCUGAUUGCCCCAACACACAUCUGCAAUAUGUAGUCCAGCAGCGUGAACAAGGCAAUGAAGUGAUAUUCUGGCUAAAAAUCAAACAAGGGGUCCUUGCUAGCUGGAGAAAAGAAAAGUUAUCUGUCAAAUGUUCAGCUGGUGUUCUCUAUAUUGACCUUGUUAAUUUGAUUAUACCUGGAAAUACAUUUCGUUUGGAUCGCAACAGUGAAAGAUUAGAAACACAGCUGUCCAAUAGCUGCAUUGUUGCGGAUGCUACAAGAAGAAAAAUAAACAAGAAAGGAAGUGCUAAGCAGAGACAGGAAUUCCUGGACUCAUACAAGAAGUUUGCAUUACUUAAAAAUGACGUAAUCUCAGUGGAGAAAUUUAAAUCAGACAUUAGCAACCUAGAACAGAACGUGAAAACUGCAGAAGCUGAAAUUAAACUCUGGAAACAAAAGUAUCUUGACCUUGAAAAAGAAAAAGAAGACCUCUUACAGGAAAUGCUUCAGGAAAAAGAACUGUCUGACUCAUGCAAAAAAGAGAGUGAGCUCAUGAAAAAAUAUAUCAAGCAGGUGGAAAAAGACCAGUACACCAAAGUAAGGGGUAUAGCUGUUCCAAAGCUGAAAACAACACAAGCCCAAAAUAGGAAACUAAAAGACAUCAAAACAAGGGCUCAAAAGGCUCUACACUUCAGUAAAUUAUUUGGGCUUGAACUCAACUGCUUGAGAUUGAAGGACCCAGAUAGUUCAAAAAUGUACACUGUUGACCUUCAUACUGAAAACAGUCCAGAAUGUGGACCUUUAAAUGUUUCUAAAGGUGACACCUUACCUGACACACCACCGGAUAGCCAAGCACUACCAGACACACCAUCACUGGAUAGCUUACAGCCUGAAACACCAUCUGAUAGCUUUCAGCCUGACACACCUCCACCCUCUUCAGUUAACACCCUACAAACUCCCUCAGCUAACAAACAGUCUCAUCUUUCAAACCAAGCCUCAUGUCAAAGUGAGACAAAAUACUCUAAACUAAAUGAUGAUGACAAAGCGAAGGUAGAGAGCAUAUUGUAUCUUAUUGACAAGUUUGGGGUUGGGGAUGAGUUCAUGCAGGAGUUGUCUAUGGUAGUAGAUGGAUUGCCCAAGUCAUACCUCUUCAAACUGUGCCCAACAGACCUCAACACAGGCUGCAUCAUUACAUCCACUCCAGGCAGAGCCCCAGGAGCACAGUACUCCUUCAAACAAUUACUAGCUGAUCGCGUAAAACACAUGAUGGAGGCUAAUUUGCUUCAAGAAGGUGAGAAGGUGAAAGUGAAGUUGAGUGGGGAUGGUGCUCGGAUGAGCAGAGUAAGCAACUUUAUCUUGCUGAGCCUUUCGAUCCUCCAGAGUGAAGAUGACUUGUUAUCAUCAAAAGGUACUCACACCAUUGCUGUGGUAAAUGGACCAGAAAGUAGGGAAACCCUGGCCAGUAGCUUUAAGGAGGUCUUUGAUGAUGUAAAUCAAAUCCAAAAGGAUGGUUACAUAAUGAUUGAUGGAAACAGAGUGGACACAGAACUAUUUCUUGGGGGUGAUUACAAGUUUCUACUACUGGUUAUGGGCAUCAGUGCAGCAAACUCAACAUAUGCUUGCUUGUGGUGCAAAGUUCAUAAAAGAGACAGGGGUGACAUGACUAAGCCUGACACCUACUAUGACAGCAGCCCUCUCAGAAGGACAUUAGAAGAACUCCAGGAAUGUGCAGAGAAGUCCAAGGGAGAGAACUACUGCUGUGUUCAUCAACCUCUUCUUAACAUUCCACUAGACCACAUCAUUCUGGACGAGCUGCAUUUAAUGUUGCGAGUUACAGACGUCUUGAUUGGAAACAUAAUAGAAGAUGUGAUGCAGUGGGAUGAAAAAGAAAGUCUCCUAACUCCUACUGGGAAGAAAAAAAUCCAUCUCGACAAACUAACACAAGCCAUAAACAGCUGCGGGGUAUCAUUUUCAGUUUGGGAAAAACGAAAUGCAGAUGGCAGAGGGUCUGGGACUUGGGACUGGACAAGUUUGAUGGGGGAUGACCGAAAAACACUCCUGAAAAACCUUCCGUGCAAAUUAGAACCACUGCUUCAGCAGGACACAGCUAAAACUGUAGUAGAAUUGUGGAAGGGAUUUGCUGACAUGUACUUUGGUUUCAUAUCAUCUUUUAAACCAACUAAUGUUGACGAAUACCGUCAAAAGAUAAAAUCAUGGAUUGACACAUUCUCCUCAUUAGGGGACAAGAGGAUUGGGUAUGCAAGAGAAAGAGUGACAUGCUAUAUGCAUGCAGCUGCAUAUCAUAUUCCUCACAUGGUAACACAACACAACAACCUCAAACAAUUUAGUGGUCAAGGUGUCGAAAAAAACAAUGAUGACGCUAGGAGAAUCUUGCAGAGAAAAACAAACCACACUGACGAUCCUGCUGCAAUUCUACGAGCAGAGCAUCGCAUUCGUGUGCUGAAGCACAGGGAAAGAAAGCCCAGAACAUACACCAAAAAGAGCACAGGAUAUUGGGAAAAUGACAUUAAAGCAAACCGCAAAAUGCGCAAACGUCUUAGCUAUGACAAGCCUGUAGAAUCAAUAUCUAAUGAACACAUGGCAAUAACAACUGAGCUCCCUCCCAAACAAACUACAAAAAGAAAAAGGAAACAACCUUCAAGCAGUACUAAAUCUACAGUGAACAAAAAAUCAAAACGUGUUAAAAAAUAAUAAGUUCAGACCAUAAUUGUUCACUUGGGUAUCCCUAAGUGGCAAAGAUAUGUUAUUAAAUAUGUAAAACGUUGAACCAUGUACAUGUAACAACAUUCCAGAAGAUAUAAUCUUAUUUAAUUCUAUACAAAGAACAAUUUACUGUCUUGAUAAAUGUAAACUAUGACAGAUAAGCUGCAUUAAAGUUAACCUUUUUACUCCCAA